UUUUUUUAUAUAAAAAAAUAUAUUUAACUUAUGUGACUGGUUGCAUUUAUUCAUAUUUUGUCUCCACAUAAUUCUCUCUCCUCUCAUUUUCUCUACAAAUCCAUCAAAAUUCUUGACUCCUCACUGUAACAGAAUAGCUAUGGCUUUCAGAAUGGGAGUCGGAGGGGGAAAUGCAUCUUCUGGCAUGGGUGUUGCUGAGCAUAGUGUAAGUACAUUCAAGGAAUUGCAGAGGAAGAAAGUACACCGCUACGUGAUUUUUAAAAUUGAUGAGAAAACGAAAGAGGUUGUGGUCGAAAAAACUGGCAGCCCUGCUGAGAGCUAUGAUGAUUUCACUGCAUCUUUGCCUGAAAACGAUUGCAGAUAUGCUGUCUUUGACUUUGAUUUCGUGACCUCUGAGAACUGCCAAAAGAGCAAAAUCUUUUUUAUUGCAUGGUCUCCUUCCGUGGCUCGCAUUCGCCCUAAGAUGCUUUAUGCAACAUCAAAGGACAGGUUCAGAAGGGAGCUGCAGGGAAUCCAUUACGAGAUUCAAGCAACAGACCCAACAGAGAUGGAACUCGAAGUCCUCCAAGAGCGUGCGAACUAAGCACCUAAGCAAACGGAAACGGUUCUUGUGUCUAAGUAAUUUAGUUAGAAUAUCGUAGGCCCCAAGAAAUGUUCUUGACUAUUAGUAUGGUCUUGUCUGUUCUGACAUAUUUGAUUAUAUAAAUAGCUUAGUUUAAGUAAAUAACAUACACCUGUGAAGGCUGAUAUGGGUUCCUGCCUAAGAAAUCCCUCUGCCAUGAUGCUUCUCAGGUGGAGUCAAUUAAUAUGCUUAUUUACGGAUGUUGAAAUUUAAGGUAUGUUAACGAAGGAAUUUGGUGUCUAAUUUGUUUCCUGUUGUUAGUUUGGGUGUGAAAAGUUAAGUAGUUUCGGAUUUUUCUUUUAGCUAAGGUGAAAUAGUGUUCAAAUUCUAGAAAAGAUGGUAAAUAGAGUCCCACAUCGUUAGUAUCAAGUAUUAUAUUAAUGUUUAUAAUACCCGAGAUUGCAUCAAAUAUCACAUGGAUUGACACGAUGUGGAUGGGUCCAUGCUUUGAUGCUGGGCUCAGGAAAGUCCCCGGGCCCAAUCUGCAGAAAUGCAGGCCUGGAAACGGGUAAUCUUUGAGCUGGACUGGUUUCACGCUUUCGGGUGUGAGGGCUGAGACACGUGUGGAGCCUUUGCCAGUCAUGCCAAGGAAUUUGGCCGAUUGAUACAGUCAUUCACAUACAUGGUCCUAGUGACUAACAGAACGGGGCUUACGUCGAGAUCCAAAAUAUUUU